AUGGCUUCUUUUGAUCGGGUUAUCGGCACUACAGAAUCAAAUGGAAGACUCAUCAAGGGCCCAUGGAGGCAUGAAGAGGACGAGAAGCUUGUAAGGCUUGUGAGUGAGUAUUCUGCAAAGAACUGGUCUUUUAUUGCAAAGAAGCUGGGCAGUCGUGUGGGAAAGCAGUGCAGAGAGAGAUGGCACAACCACCUGAAUCCUCACAUUACAAAAAAACCAUUCAGUGUGGAAGAGGAGGGAUUGAUCAUUGAACUGCACCUGAAGUACGGAAACAGAUGGUCUGAGAUAGCAAAGUAUCUUCCAGGAAGGACGGACAAUGCAAUCAAGAACUACUGGAACUCGUCCAUACAGAGGAGGAGUGAAAAGGUGAGGCACGGGAGCAUGUUCUGCACAAUUGACGACUUCCAUAGAAGCCGUAGGGUAGAGAAGAAGUGUGUUGGAGGGGUGAUUGUAUCUGGCAACGAGGGCGAGAGAGCGAUGAAAACUAAGCGGAGCAACAGUGUCCAGAAUGUUGCUGGAUAUAUCAAGUGUGAGGCUGAGGACGAGGAUGAGUUUGACGAGGCCGAUGAGCUUGCGAGCAGGGCGCUGCUAAGAAUAUGUAUGUCUUUUUAA